AUGAAACUCGAUUCAUUCGAACAACUUACAACCCGAAUCGGACGUUUACGAUUAAAAAGACGUGGAUCAAUUCUGGCUUUGACAAUGUUCGUCGUAUACGCGCUGCAAUCAAACUACGACGAAGAAGAAGUCGAAACGUUCUACAUGGACUUGGAGAAGUUCUACAAAGAAGACCACACAUUCUUCAAGGUCAUCGAUGGAGAUUUCAACGCCAAGAUUGGAGCAAGAAGAACGUUUGAAGAACGUCACAUUGAGACCCACGGGAUAGAAUAG